UUCGGGACAGUCUAUGAAGAUGGUGGAUUGAAAAAUAAUCUGGAAAUAAUGUUAGAAGAAUUUAAAAAAUAUGGCGAUUGUUUAUUUAAAGUUAGAAUUGGAAAAAAUGAGAUAACUGAAACAUAUGAAGCAGACAAUAUAGAAUUUUUGAAAGGAAUUGCAAAACAGCAAAAUAUAUUAGGUAAUUUAAGGGAUUAA